GCAAAUAUUAUCAUUAUCUAAUUGCACGAAAAAUCUAAGUAAGGGAUUUUUCAAAACCCCGUACUUAGAACAACUUGAUUUAUCCAGGAAUGAUUUUGGUAAUCUGUUUGACGGUACCAUUCAUUUUGAAAUGUUUCCAUCACUGAAAGUGCUUUUGUUAGAUUAUAAUCAAUUACUAUAUGUUCCAAUUCUGACUAACUUGCAAUGGCUUAACGAAUUAUCAUUGUGCUACAAUAUGAUUAAAUUCAUUAAACCAAACGCCUUUAGGUAUUUAACGUCUUUGACAAAAUUAUCAUUAAAAGGAAACAAAAUUGACCAUCUUGAAAAGGAAAACUUUUUAGGUUUAGAGAAAUUAGAAUACCUGGAUCUGUCGAAAAAUCAAUUGAGUCAUUUAUCAAUUGAUUGGGCAUCGUCAUUAUUAAAUCUUAAACAUUUAAAUGUAAAUUCAAAUCAAUUUGCAAGUAUUUCGGAAAUAGGUAUAUAUUCAAUAAAUUCAUUGCAGUAUUUAUUUGUACGAAAUAAUACCCUUAAUAAAAUUACAACACUAGAAAUAGAACCAUUACCGAAUUACAUUACAAUAUACUUAAUGACGCUAAGCUACAAAUUCACGAUUUUUUUCAUUUUCACCAUUGUGUACCUAGCAAAGACUGAACAUAACAAAAAGAUUCCUCCUUGGGAUUUCAAGCUUAAUUUCCCGUCUAAUUAUCCUUGGGAAGUGACAGACGUUGCGACAAAUUUUUCAACAUCCACAUACAAACCUAUUACUUCCACUAUCUCAACAUCCCCCCAAAAUUGCCCUCCUCAUAGUCAUGUCUUCAGUUUCUCUAAUGUCGGUCUUCAAAAAAUCGGUCGAGACUUUAUUAACAGCAAUGAUGUUGUUAGCCUUAGCCUCGAUAACAAUAACAUAAAUGAUAUCUCCCCGUUCGCCUUCCGCAAGAUGAAGAACUUGAAAUAUUUGGAUCUUUCUGGGAAUAAUAUUCCAAAAGAAAAGCUAUUGUUGUUACCAAGAAGCGCCACUCUGCAAAUGUUGAUUAUCGACAACAAUCGAGAUUCUCAUAAUCCCGUUACAGAGGCCCUGAAGGAAUAUGAAGUUUUUCAGAACUUGAAACAUCUGCACCUAAGCAACAGUCAAUUAUGGAAUUUUCAAAUUCAUUUUUAUAUAGCAACACCUAUCUUGACUCAUUUACAUCUGAACAAUAACGGCAUCAAUUCUAGUGAUGCCGUUUUCGAUAAUAUUCCGGCAACGUUGACUCAUCUUUAUCUAAACAAAAAUAUUAUCGAUCGAGUCAAACAAGGCAAAUUGAGGCAUCUGCAAGAACUCAGUAUGGACGACAACGUCAUUACUCAAGUGUGUUUUGAGGAAUGCGAAGAUAAAUCCAUAUCCUUGAAAAGUGCUGUCGAAAUGCAGUAUCUGUCUUUAGCCAGGAAUCUGAUCUCAGAGAUAUCAUCCGAUGCUUUUAGUGACACGAGUCGCCUGCUAAAGCUAGAUCUAUCAGGCAACAAGAUCUCUGAUAUAACCAAAGGCACGUUCAAUAAAACUAUGAUGAUAAGUAAUCUUUCUUUGGCUGAUAACAUCCUUGUUACUGUACCGGAUGUCUGCUCGAUCUUGUUCCUGAGGAAUCUGGAUCUGUCUGGAAAUCGCAUCAGCGCAGUUCUCUCUGGCACUUUCUGCGUUAAUUUGAGGACUCUUGAGUAUUUACAUCUGUCAAACAAUGUUAUAACCACUAUUGAAACCCAAGCUUUCCGCAUUCUCCAAAGUUUGAAGUAUCUGGACCUUUCCGGGAAUCGUCUCAAGCAACUUCCGGCACAUUGGGUAUAUUCGUGGUACAUCCGAGAGUUGCAUCUUGAACGAAAUAACUUCACCGAGUUGGACAGCAUAUCGUUGAUUAACAUUAAGGAGCUAAGAAAUAUUUAUCUUGAUGAAAAUCCCAUGCCAGUAUUGACGGUACGAUCUCUCCAAUUACUUCCAGAACAUUUAAGAAUACAUUUAAAAAAUAUGCAUGUUGAAUAUAAAUGCACACAGUGCACAUGCGAGAAUGAAGACGAUGAGGAUGAUAAGAAUGACGAUUAUGAGAAUAAGAAUGAUAAUGGAAACGAUGAUAAUGAUAUUAACUCUUCGGAUUAAAAAAUGUCUUGAAAUUUUUAAUUAUACCUUUUAAAUAUAUCUCGUUCUUAAAAAG